UACAGUUUGAGCGUGUGUGUGAUGUCACUUUAUUUACGUAAACGUAUCAACUCGUCCAUUUCAAAAUUACCUUCCAGUGGCAUCAGACGUUAUUCGUAACUCUAAAUAAAAAAACGUUACAAUGUCGGGAGGAUUGGAUACCUUGGCACUUAAUGUGUCAGAUAUAACCAAGAUGUUGGCCGCCACCACACAUCUGGGAUCGGACAAAGUCAAUUUCCAAAUGGAACAAUACGUGUACAAACGACGCCCGGAUGGUGUUCAUAUCAUCAAUUUGGGACGUACAUGGGAGAAAUUGUUGCUAGCCGCUCGUGCUAUUGCAGCUAUUGAACACCCUCAAGAUGUGUUCGUCAUCUCAUCCCGUUUGUACGGACAACGUGCUGUACUAAAGUUCGCCAGCUACUGUCAGGCUACACCAAUUGCUGGUCGUUUCACUCCUGGUGCCUUCACCAAUCAAAUCCAACAGGCUUUCCGCGAACCGCGUCUAUUGGUCGUCACCGAUCCGUUGACCGAUCACCAACCCAUCAUCGAGGCUUCGUAUGUGAACAUCCCAGUCAUCGCAUUCUGUAACACCGACAGUCCAUUGAAAUACAUCGACAUUGCCAUUCCAUGCAACACCAAGGCCACGCACUCGAUCGGUUUGAUGUGGUGGUUGUUGUCGCGCGAAGUUUUACGCUUGCGUGGACGCAUUUCACGCAAAGACGAAUGGAACACAGUCGUCGAUUUGUUCUUCUAUCGCGAUCCCGAUGAGACAGAAAAGGAAGAAGCUGCCGCUAAGGAAGCCGUACCAGCUAUCAAAGAGGACGCACAUGUUCAAGAUGUUGCCGAGCCAGAAAACUGGGAAGAAGCUGCACCAGCACACAAGGUUGCAUUCGUUCCAGCUGAUGACUGGAAUGAUGACGAACAAACUGCAGCUGUUCCAGCUAAAGCUGCCACCUGGGGUGGCGGCAGCGGUGGUUUUUAAAUGUUUGACCAUUGUGAGUGGAAAAUAAAGUUCACAGUCCACAAGGAUAA